GAAAAAAGAAAUAACCCAUUGUCUGUUCCUAAUUAUGCCCAAAGUCAAAGCCAACAAGAAUCGUGUUCAUCACAAAGCAGCUAGAGGCAAGGAGGCUGCUGUAGCUGCCCCAGCCGCUGCUAAGUCCGUUUCAGAGUCGAUGCAGCAUAUGAAGGAGCACUUUGGACUUGAGCUUGAGGAAGAUAAUAGGAUCGAUAAGAGGGAUAAACGCAAAAUAAGACAUGAUAAAUGGAUUUCCAAACUUGAGGCGACAUAUAAUCCACAAAAGAAAAAAAAGAAGAAAUCCUCGACACAAAAUCAGACCUUGUCUGUCGACUUUGGAUCAUUUCAUGAAGCUCUUUCAUAUAUAAACCCUACAGAGAAACAACAACCCACAUCUGCAGCUGCCGCUGCUGCAGCAACAGCCAAUAAAGUGAAAAGAAAUCCUACAGCUACAACGCAAGCUUCAGUUGGCGCAGGGGCAGGAACAGGGACUGCGACUAACCACCAACAGUACACCAUCCAUGCGAAUUCAUCCAAACCUUUACAAUCCAAAAAGGCUAAAAAGAAGGCUGCAAUGCAAGAGAUUCUCAGAUUCCAAAAUGUUCUUGCUCAUCCAGCUUUCAAGAGCAAUCCACUGUUAACUAUCCAACAACAUGUCAAAAAUACCAUGGAGAUGGCGCCACCAGAAUCAACUGCAGCAGAAAUAACAGGUGGACCAGAACUUAUGGAGGAUUAGCAAGACAAAAUCAUUAUCAUUACCUGUCCAAUACAAUGACACUACAUCUGCAUUAAAAUACUUUCGCUUUGUAACAAUAUUUUUUUUUUAUUUAUUUCAUUUUACUUUGUUUUAUUUUUAUUUUUAUUUUUUUUUUAUUCAUCUGAGGGUGCGAAUACAAAU